CUCAUGAUGGACAAGACGCGUCAAGUACCAAAAGGGUUCACGCUGGGGUCGCUCAGGCCAUCAACUCAUACAUCAGCAAGAGUAGCAGCACAAAAUCGGACGCUCUCGUCGAUAUUUUUUGCAAAUCCGGCUCCAUCUUCAUCACCCGCAUGGCAUGAAUCAUUGUUAACGAAAUCGAUCUGGGUGCUGCACCCUCAUAUGCAACCGAUGUGAAGUGCGCAAAUCGCAAAAUUUCCAAUAUCGAUCGCUUCUUCACCAUGGCCUACGAACCGCGCGAUCACCCCGAGAAGGGUCUUGGAUAUGGCGCUGGGGUAGGCACUGGAGGUGGAGGCCAUGAUGGCCCUCCGCCGAGAGCUAGAGGCAGACGUCCUGUUACCGACUAUGGUGCCACCAUCGUCCACUGGGUGCGCCAUCGCCAACCGCGCUGGAAGGGGUCCUACUGCGGAGAGACUGAGCGGCCCAGCAAUAGCUACAUAGUUGAUAUGCUUCCUCCCCAUGCCAGGGUGACGAGCCCAGCCGAUUCGGUGCCUUCGCGCCACUUGCACUCGUCUCUCAACAAGAUUAAACAUCCGAUCAACGUGGUGCGCUGGACGCCAGAAGGUAGAAGGUUGUUGACGGCCUCUAGCAGCGGCGAGUUUACCCUGUGGAACGGCACAGGGUUCAACUUCGAAACCAUCAUGCAAGCGCAUGACUCGGCUAUUCGUGCCUUGGCCUACUCCCACAGCGACGAUUGGUUGGUGUCUGCCGACCACGAUGGCAUCAUCAAAUACUGGCAACCCAACUUCAACAACGUCGAAAGCAUCCGCGGCCACACGGACCCGAUCCGGGAUUUGGCUUUUAGCCCCACCGACAUCAAGUUCGUCACAGCUUCCGACGACUCGACUCUGAGGAUAUUCGACUUUGCCGCCGGAGCAGCCGAGUCGACGCUAACGGGGCACGGCUGGGACGCGAAGAGCUGCGAUUGGCACCCUACAAAGGGCCUCAUCGUCUCGGGCUCCAAAGACCAUCUCGUCAAGCUUUGGGACCCGAGGACGGGCCGGUGUCUGACCACCCUCCACGGUCACAAGAACACAAUAACAAAGACUCUUUUCGAGAGAGUCCGCGGGCAGUGCCUGGCGACAUCCGCCCGGGACCAAACCGCCCGCGUAUUCGACCUCCGCAUGAUGCGAGAUAUCUGUCUUCUCCGCGGCCACGAGAAGGACAUCUCGACCCUGACCUGGCAUCCCGUCCACUCCAAUUUCCUCAGCACGGGCGGCUCCGAAGGCUCCCUCUUCCAUUACCUCCUCGACGAACCCAACACCCCGCCCGGCCACUCCACUUCCAUCGCCCCCUACGACAGCGCCGACCCGGCCUCCACCCCGGCCCAAACCAUCUACCCUGCUCACAAAGUCCCCUAUGCCCACGACUUUGCCAUCUGGUCCCUCGACUGGCACCCGCUCGGGCACAUCCUCGCCUCGGGCUCCAACGACCGCAUCACGCGGUUCUGGGCGCGCGCCCGCCCCGGCGAAGCCGACAACUUCAACGACCGCUACCACAUCGGCGAGGCCGCCGCCGAGGCCCAGGGCACCUGGGACCGGCGCGGCCACCGGCACAUGCGGCAGGUCGAGGAGGAGCAGGAACUCGAAGACGAGAUGGACGGUUUGGUCGACCAGAAAAUGCCCCUCAAGCAGCCUGGUGCUGUACCCGGUCUCGGCAUCCCCGGCUUCUCACAACAACAACCACUUCUCCCGACCCUCCCAGGACUCGUUCCCCCUCCCCCUCCGCCUCCGGGCCUCAUCCCGGGCGUCGGCAGCGCCGGCCAAGCACUGCCACAGCUUCCCUUCCCGCUGCCCGGCUUGCCAAGAGGUAUCCCACCUCCUCCUCCUGUUCCCCUUCCGCACCUGGCCGCGGCGGGUGUGGUGGAUUCCAACAACCCGCCCGAUUUCGCUGCUAUCGCCGAGAUGAUGAAGAAGCACGGCAUUGUGCCGCCGCCUCCUCCGCCGGCGGGAAUGUUACCGCCGGGUUUGAUACCACCGCCGGGUUUGAUACCACCGCCGGGGUUUGCGCACCUGCCCGGUGGGUUUCCACCGCCGCCACCGCCGCCGGCUCAUAUUGCUGCAGCUGCAGCUGCCGCCGCCGCGGCUGCGGCUGUGGGGGGUGGCGGCGGUGGGCAUGGGGAGGAGCAGCAGAUGCAGCAACGCGGGGGUGAUGCUGGUGGUGGUAGUGGGAGAAGGAGGGCGCCGUUGCCGAGUCAGGAGGAGAGUUUGAAGAUGGAACAGAAUAUGGGGAAAUAUACCAGGGCGAGAUAAGAGCCGGAUCUGAUUGGGGUGGAUGAAUGAAUGGGGACCUGUUGCAGAUUGUGGACAAUGGAAUGAGCAGCAGUGUGAGUAUAGUGGGGAAGGUGGUGGCGGAAAUGGAGAGAAAAAUGAAGAGAGAAGAGAACAAGGGGGUUGCGAUCCGUUGACAGCGGGAUAGAGGUGUCCAGCCAGAAGCCGCAGCGCUGAUGUUGCUUCUGGCUUCGGAUAAUAUUGUACAAUCAUCUAAGGUAAAAUAUGAUACAUCUCGUGCUCU